AUGGGAGAGGAUCCCAAUUUAGGCAACAUGACUUCCCCUCCUAAGUCUGAGGUGGUAAUUCUUGACGGGUACCUGAACUUGAGUUUCGUGAACGAUGAGAAACCACAAGAGGAAAAAACAGAGGAACCCCCUCAGGCAGAGCCCCCCACCCAAACCAAGAGAAUGGUUCUUUUUAGAGGGAGGAAGAAGACAGGCCCACCAGCCGAGCCGGUGAAAACUGUUGGCUUUUUUCAGCUGUUUCGUUAUGCCUCGUGCUCAGAGGUGUUCUUGAUGCUGAUUGGUUUGCUGUGCUCUGCUCUCUGUGGCCUUGCCCUUCCCCUCACGUGUGUCAUCUUUGGUCAGAUGACUGAUAGCUUUGUUCAGAGUGGGCAACAGCUGAAUUUUACAGGACACAAGGGCUUUGCCCAUUCUCUCUCAUUUGUAGCAAACUUCACUUUUCAACCGAAGUCCUCUGAGUGUGUGGCUGUCCCAGGCUUCGAUCUCCAGGCUGCCAUGACAAGCUACGCCUAUUACUAUGCAGUGAUUGGAGCUGCCAUGCUGCUCCUCACGACCUUGCAGGUGACGCUGUUCCUGCUCACGGCGACCAGACAGACCAGACGCAUCAGAGAGAGAUACUUUCACGCAGUCCUCCACCAGCCCAUGGCCUGGUUCGACACGCAUCAGAGUGGAGUUCUGAAUGUCAGACUCACUGAUGACAUAAACACCAUUAACGACGGUCUAGGAGAUAAGAUUUGUGUGCUUGUACAGAGUGUCUGUACGUUCAUUACCAGUUUCAUCGUUGGCUUUGUGUAUGGAUGGAAGCUGACACUGGUCAUUCUAACAGUCAGCCCCCUGCUGGCUGGAGCGGCCGCUGUCUGGUCGAAGGUGCUUGGCAGUCUGACCGGGCAGGAGCUGUCUGCGUACGCCGAGGCAGGAGCUGUCGCUGAGGAGAACCUGACGGCCAUCCGCACUGUUGUGGCUUUUAAUGGACAAGAGAAAGCCGUGGAGAAAUAUGAAAACAGAUUAGAGGAAGCAAAGAACUUUGGGGUGAGAAAAUCCAUCGCUGCGAAUGUGUCUCGGGGAAUAACUCAGUUUAUCACCUUUGGAAUGUUUGCCUUGGCCCUCUGGUAUGGAACCAAGCUCUCUUUGGACGAGCCGCAGCACUACUCCAUUGGAAGAGUGAUCAUGGUCUUUUUCUCGGUUGUAGUGGGGGCGCUCUCAUUGGGACAGGGGGCUCCAAGCUUGGAGAGCAUCACUAAGGCUCGUGCAGCUGCGUAUGAAAUCUAUAACAUCAUCGACAUGCCCUGUCCAAUUGACAGUAGCUCAGAAGAGGGCCAUAAACCAGAGAGUUUGAAGGGAGAUAUUGAAUUUAAAAAUGUUCACUUCAGCUACCCCUCACGAAAGGAUGUGAAGAUUCUGCAGGGUAUGAGUCUGAAAAUCCCACAUGGGAAGACCAUCGCCCUGGUGGGCUCCAGUGGCUGUGGGAAGAGCACCACCAUUCAACUCCUACAGCGUUUCUAUGACCCAGAUGCAGGAGAGGUAAGGCUGGAUGGCCAUGACAUCCGCAGUCUAAAUGUGAGGUGGCUGAGAGAGAGUGUGGGCAUCGUCAGUCAGGAGCCUGUCCUCUUCAGCACCACCAUCGCCGAAAACGUCCGCUACGGCCGAGCAGACGCCACAGACGAAGACAUUGAACGAGCUCUGAAGGAUGCCAAUGCUUAUGAGUUCAUCUCCAGAUUACCAGAUAAGUUAAACACCAUGGUAGGGGAGAGGGGGGCUCAGCUGAGUGGGGGACAGAAACAGAGGAUUGCCAUCGCUCGAGCACUGGUGAAAAACCCCAAAGUCCUCCUCCUGGAUGAGGCCACCUCCGCUUUGGAUACCCAAAGCGAAUCUAUCGUCCAAGCUGCCCUAGACAAGGCACGAGAAGGUCGCACCACGAUCGUGAUUGCGCACCGUCUGUCGACAAUCAGGUCGGCAGACAUUAUCGCCGGCCUCAGUGAGGGCAGGAUGGUGGAGCAGGGGACUCACGCCCAACUCAUGGCCAAGAAAGGAGUCUACUAUUCUCUGGUCAUGCAACAGACUUCAAGCAGAUCACAGGAGGAUGAUGAGGAUGAAGGUCAGGGGAGCUCCUGUGAGACUGAGACCUCUGAACAGUCAUCGGACACUGAGGAGGAGGAACCUCAGAUUUUGGAGGAGGUGAAAAUAGGCAAUGGCGGCUUUGAGAGGAGCUCCAUACGACACAGCAAGAAUCUGAAAAGGAAGCCAUCUAGGAAGAAGUCAAAGAAGAAGAAAUCUAAGAAAGAGAAGAUGGAGGAAGAGAAGUGUCCAGAAGUCUCUUUUGGCAAAAUCUUGGCUCUGAAUAAGCCGGAGUGGCCGUAUCUGCUGCUGGGGACACUGGUCAGCUUUGUGGGCGGAGCAACACAGCCCUGUGUGGCCAUCCUGUUUUCCAAGAUAGUUGGAGUGUUUACUGAAUUAGACCCAGACGUGAAGCGACAGAAAACCUUAGUGUUUUCUCUUCUGUUCCUGCUAAUGGGAGCAGUGGCUUUAAUCACUCUCUUCGUACAGGGUUUUAUGUUUGGGAAAUCUGGAGAGCUGCUCACUCUGAGACUGCGUAGUCAGGCCUUCUGUGCCAUGAUGAGACAGGAGAUUGGCUGGUUUGAUCAAAGUAAAAAUGCUGUGGGGACUCUGACGACCAGACUGGCCACUGAUGCAUCCUUGGUUAAAGGGGCUGCAGGGUCCAGACUGGGUUUUGCCACUAAUACACUCUGUGCUCUCCUCAUUGCCGUUAUCGUGGCCUUCGUCCACAGUUGGCAGCUCACCCUCCUCAUCCUCGCCUGCGUACCCUUCCUCAUUGGAGCCAAAUUCAUCCAGCUGAGGGCUACAGCGGGCCACGCCUCCAAGGGCCAGAAGGCACUGGAGAUGUCUGGCAAAAUAUCCACUGAAACUGUUGAAAACUUCAAAACCGUCGUUGCCUUGACCCGAGAAGAUGUUUUUUUCCGCAAGUUCACUGACAGCCUAAAUAUGCCAUACAAGCUCAGUCUGUGUAGAGCCCCAGUCUACGGCAUCACCGCAGCCCUGGCCUCCAGCUCCUCUUUCUUCAUCAAUGCCUCCAUCUUCCGCUUCGGGGCCUGGCUGAUCACAAACUGUUACACGGAAUAUGAGAAUGUUUUCCUCGUCUUCUAUGUGAUCGUCUUCACGGCCGCGAACGUUGGCCACACCUCCUCCCUCGCGCCGGACUUUGCCAAAGCCAAAGCAGCAGCCGGGAGGAUCCUGGGUCUGCUGGAGAAGAAGCCCGAGACUGGCGGUGAGGCGGGAGACAAACUGGACACAUUUGAUGGGAACAUUGAGUUUCGUGGGGUCCAGUUUUCAUACCCAAACCGUCCAAAUAUAAGAGUCCUGCAGGGUCUGGAUGUGUCGGUGGGUAAAGGACAGACUCUGGCUCUGGUCGGAGGAAGUGGUUGUGGAAAGAGCACGACAAUCCAACUGCUGGAACGCUUCUACAGCCCUGCAGCCGGAAGUGUGUUUGUGGAUGGAACAGACACUAAAAGCUUGAAUGUGGCUUGGCUGCGGUCCCAGCUGGGCCUGGUGUCUCAGGAGCCUAUUCUGUUCGACUGCACAAUCGCUGAGAACAUCCAGUACGGAGAUAACAGUCGUGUGGUCAGACAGGAGGAGGUUGAGCAGGCUGCUAAAGAUGCUAACAUCCACAGCUUCAUCGUGACCUUACCACAGAAAUAUAACACACGUGUUGGCGAUAAGGGAACACAGCUGUCUGGAGGUCAGAAACAGAGAAUUGCCAUCGCUCGAGCGCUAGUGCGAAAACCCAGAGUUCUGCUGCUGGAUGAAGCCACAUCAGCUCUGGACACAGAAAGUGAAAAGAUUGUGCAAAAAACUCUGGACGACGCCCGGCACGGCCGCACCUGCAUCAUCAUCGCUCACCGUCUGUCCACCGUGCGGAACGCUGACGUCAUCGCCGUCAUUCAGAGCGGCCGAGUCGUGGAGCAGGGGACUCACAGCGGACUCAUGGCCCUACAGGGAGCAUAUUACGCUCUCGUCAACGCUCAGGUCUCUGCCCCCCGCUGA